AUGUCAUCAUCUCGCGGUCAUCGUAAUUCCUCGCCAUCCCCGUUCAACAUCAAUGCCCCUCCAUCCUCAUCCUCUUCUUCACCCCGCGGUCGGCCUUCUUCUCCAGCCAGAGGUAGACCGUCUUCCCCACGUCCUCCCCCAAGUUACGCCAGAGCUUCUCUCGACCGUUCACCCUCUCUCAAUCCUAUGGCAUUGGAUGAUAGACCGAGAGUACCUCCUCCUAUAUACCUCAGAUCGUCUAGUCCCGGGAGUAGUGCCAAGGGGAUUAUGAAAAUACAUGUUCCUGCGUGGGGGGUAGCAUUAGUCCGACCACCUCGUGCUUUAGACCUUCACCCACUGGAAGCAGGCUCAUCGACCCUCGAACCUCCAUGCGAAGAUACCGUCCUCUCAGGAUCACUGGAGGUGAUUAUGAAAGAGCCCCGGAGGGUCAAAGCUAUCUCGGUGGGUGUACAGAGUGUAUGUAGGCUACACAUGGGUGCCGGUAGGGGAUGGGAAGACGACGGGAUCUUUGAGAGAGGAGUGGAAGUCUUGGGACAAGGUGAAGGAGAUGAAGGUAUCUGGUUGGAGAAGGGAAGUCAAUCCUUCUCAUUCACGAUAAUAUUGCCUGCAACACUUGCAACAACAGAUUUCCACUCUUUCGGUCGAGUUUCAUAUAUCCUCACAGCGCGAGUGGAAGGUAUCCCAUCCAGCACCUCCUUCUCAUCAGUAUUUAAAGUAGCCGCCUCACCAGCUUUAGAUCCUAGUAUACCCAACAUAGGCGAUUUCGAGCGAGUCAUAGCUAGGUCCGACAAAUUAUCUUCUUCUUUGGGAGGUAGACUUUUACACAAUCAAAUACAGGGGUUGGGUUUGGAAGAUCCUUUAGAGGGGAACGAUGCGAUAGCUGUAGGCGAAGGAUCACCUUCAGUACAAGGCUUAUAUACUCGAAGACAAUCUUCGGAUGUCCCUCCCUUGAGCUUGUCGCCCGAUCCAUUAUCACCUAGAUCAAGAAGACAGAGUAUAUCUUCCGAUAUAACCGCUGGCAAAAGCGAAAAGGGGAAAGAUAAAGAUAACGAGACAGCGGGUUGGUUGAAAGGUGAUUUGACCGCUUCGAGAGCAUUGAUCAUUCAUGCGAAUCCCUCUAGAUCAGGUGGAGUAAAUACAUUGGAGAUAAGGAAAGAAGGUUUCGUGGAUGGGAUUGGGAUUUGGAGGUUUAGUGCCAAUGCUGAUGUGUUCUCAAUCUCAUCCGUCCUCCUAAUCUCGAUCAAACUCCCCUCUCCAUCACCCAUAACGACCGUCUUCCUCGUUCGACUCAUCCUUUCCCAAAGCUACAGUAUCGUCUCACCUCGAACACCUAAUCAAUCACCUCAUUCACCUGAAUCAUCCAAAUCGCAUGUCUUAUACCAGGUCGGCAGACCCCAUAAACCAGGAGAAAAGUAUCCUGGAAGAGAUGCAGAGGCUUUAUGGAGGGGUCAAGGUGUUCCUGGGAAAGGGAAAAGGGAUGGACAGGAAGGUUGGAAUGUUAGAGCGGUGGCGAGAUUACCUGGUCAUGACAAGAUCAGACCAACUACUAGUGAUGGUACCAUCACACCCAUCCGAGUGAAACAUGAGCUGAUACUUCAAGUGGUCUAUUCCCUCGAUGGACUAUGUGUGUUUGGUGAACCGAUAGAAGGUCCAGGUGAAUUGAGGAUGAUGUCUGUAAAGAUGCCUAUCGGUGUGCCUUCGUGCUGCUUAACAUUGAAUGCCUUGAAUCUACCUACAUAUGAGACUGCACAUUCACCACCUGUGGAAAAUAUCGAUACCGUCCUCUCAUCCCCACCCACGAAACAUCAGUGCAUGUGCGGAUCGACCUUUGCAGAGUUGGGUGAAGCAGCUAUGAGAAGAAUGCAGAAUAUAGAUCAGGAUGAGAUGGAUGAAAGGGUCGGGGAGAAUGCAGGUGGGGGCGGAAGUGGAACGAAGGAGAUGGAAGCGAGAAGAGAUAGUCCGAGUGGUGGAGGGCCGUCAGGGAGCCAAUAG